AUGAGUUCUCGAAAACGCAGGAAUAGUCCAGAUCCAGGAACAGAGAGAACUCUAUCGAAGAGAGCCAGGUUGCUGUCGGAUCUCUGGCAAUCUCAAGAAGAAUCUGUAGAGCCUACGCAAGGGAGCCAGAGCAAUCCUUCAAGCCCUGUGUACAGCAUCAAAGCUAUCAUUGGAGAAAGGUCAACUCAGUAUCUGAUCGAUUGGGCGGACGAUCCCAUAACCGGAGAAAGGUUCAAACCAGAUUGGCAACCUAAGACGCACGUGAAUACAGCCGCAGUAAAGGCUUGGGAACUAAAACACUCAUCUGCCCUUCAAAGUCUCUCGGAUAGACCUAAACGACAGAGACGAAGAAGAAGGCGGCCAGGUGCAAAUAAAGAUUGCACGACCAGUGACACAGUUGUCGAAACCCGAAGACCUCAGCCUCAGCAUAUCAGCGAGACUUCUUCUCACAAAACAAAUAACAGCGACUCUCCAAACCACAAUAGAAGCACAUCAAGAAUUUUGGAACAUCCUCCAUCCCACUCCAAAUUCAACCCUCCCAAUAUCAUUGUACAGGUCUCGCAGCACAGCAGUCUUGAUAGAGGCCUAUACGUUGCCUAUCAAUCUUCUCUAUCCACUCAGGGAAACUCAUCUUCGCUUCUACCACAUCCAAAUUCUGGACUUGGGGAAUCUUCACCUGCUCCUGCCACAUCUCCGCCACACAGCAACGGUAUCAUACCUGAUUCACAGUCUCUUCCUGGAUCUUCUAGCUACAACCCCACGUCAACCACGUCUUUAGCAGUGCUCAGCGCAGAUCGGUCCCCACCAACCCACCAAUCUCGUGUUUUGCAAAACAGCACUGACUUUGAGUUAUCCACUUGUGGAGUUGCAGAGGCCAGCGAUUCCAUCGAAGAUUCUUCAGCUGUCGUGCUAGCAGCUAGCGAGCCUUCUGUUAUUACCUCUGAAAGGUCUAGAUCUGAGCCAGCUCCAAUCACAACAGAGUCGUCCUUAGAGUCUCCUUUCGGAGCUCGAUUUCCUUCGCUACCUCGCAGUACCUCUGACCCUACCUCCACCCACCACGAUCGACGCCGGCGCCGAGCCGUCGUCUCCGAGCAUCCGAGUGAUCAUCAUAUUAUACACGAACAGGUCAUUCAUAGUUCAGCAGACUUGCAGUCUCCUCUUCCAGCAGGAGCAGGGCAUAUUCAGCAGCGUCAAGGGUCUUCGGAAGUACAAGUCCCAGGAUCUGCUGAUCGAAGGUCACAUCCAAGUCACGCGGUAGACCAUAGCCUUACCGACAGUCUCGUCUUCCAGACACAAGUUCCUUUAGCUCUUGCAAGUCAAGGUUCUCGAAUCUCUAUCACGUCAGCAGAAGAUCAAUUGCAGAACGCACAGCCAAAUUCACAAAUUGUGGAGGAGGUUUCUGAUAUAUCAUCAAGGAGCGUAGCCAGAUCAACGCGCAGAAUCGAUCCGCAUCAGAGUACCUCUACGGCCGUCUCCGAAGCGAAAGAACGCCAAAGACGACGACGUUCUGCUGCCUUGGAAGUUUUUGCGGUUUCAGAAGAUCCCAGCGACAAUAGCCACCCCUCACAAGCCACAACAACAGACGACUCGAUCUUGAGCCUACGAGACCCAAAUUCGCAGUCAACCAAACAGAAUCAUCCAGAACCUUCAAAAGAAGGCAUCACUGACCUUGAAGAUCCCGUACGUGGCUCCACAAGGACUGACAGUUCAUCAAUCCCAGCCAGUCGAGUACAGCUGCCGGAUACUUUGGACUCUCGAGAACCUCCUAAGCCACCAUCGAGUUCAGAAGACAUUAUGUCUGACAUGGCUCCGAACGAGAACGGCUUGCCUGAAGGCAUGCAACCACUACGGAUUAGAGCGACGCUCAAGAGAAUCCGUGAAGACGGCGAAGCGAAGAGAGUGGCGGCGCGUAGUGGGAAGCGACAGCAUUCCGAAUCUUCUACAUCUCGAGCGUCUCCAUCGUUAACCCGAGAUGAUCAUGAAGGCUCCCAAACGGCGACAAACGUUGGACCGUCAUCGUUGGUCCCGGACCAACCAGAGCGAUCGCAAGUAUCAGCUGCUGGAGGGUCUCCAGAUCCAAGCCUUGAUAAGCAACCGAGACCGCCACUCUCGACUGCUAGACCCUCGCCUUCUGUGACGAGAGAUGAGCUACGUGUGCGUGUCCAGUCACCAAUUGCUGCACAGUCGUCGCGCUCCAUAGCAUCACCCUCAAUCAUUCCAGCGAAGGCUCCCUAUCAAAUUCAAGAAGAGCCAGAACGACUAGAGAUUCAGCCGUCCAUGAUCCUGAAGGAGAUUUCACUGCCAGCGCGCAAUCCUCAAUCGGCUCCCCACACUCCAACCACUCCGAGUAAGCUCUCGAUGCACAAAGAGGCAUCUCCACUGCAGAGCCAGACGACUACUCUCAAGGUGAGAAAUUUGGGACCAAGGGAAUUUGUCGUUACUCUGCCGAUGCAACCCCGUAUAUUGAGUCAGUACGUGGACACCAUUGAGUACCAUUCACAAGCCAUAAGCAGAAACAUGACGGAAGAAAGGAUCGGCGAAGAAAUCGUGGAGAGGCUGAACACACUUUUGUAUCGACUUGGCAAUGUGGCUACCCAUAUCGGCCUCGAAGGUGGAGGACCAGGUAGCCAGGAAGAAAUAAACCCCGAGGAAGAAGCGCUAUAUGCUGAGCUAUCCAGCGAGAAAUUCAAAUUUCUGGGACACCUUUUGGCUCUUACUAAAGAGAGUCGAAUAGAUAUUGCGGUAAUUGCAAAGCCAGGCCAUCUUCUGGAUAUCAUUGAGAUGUUUCUGAAAGGAAAAAAUGUGUCUUAUGUAAGACCAGACACGAAGACAAACGGACCGAGACCACAGAAUCCAGAUCAAUCUGGAUUGCAGGUGGUGAGUAUCAUACCCUCAGGGGAGGCCAUCUCUUUUCCGCCUGUACAACUGAUCAUCGCGUUUGAUGAAACGUUCAAUGCGAAAGAUACCCAUAUCACGGAAUCGCGAGAACCUAGGGCAAGCGGUGAUCAGUUGACACCCGUGAUUCGACUGGUUGUGUACAGCUCUGUCGAGCACCUGGACCUGUGUUUAGCGCGCUCGCUAGAGCCUAUCGACAGGAUCCGCAAACUUAUUUUCUGCGUUUGGCAUACACAACGCUCGGUUGGUCAACUCGAACUUGACGAACCUGGUCCAGCAGCCAGUGCUCAACAAGUCUUUGAAUUCUCCAACUCAGGCUUUGAAACAUCCGCUUGGACUCUAGCAAACAUCCGUCCCAUCGAAAACCUGCCCAUCAUGGAUUCCGACUCGUCCCUGUCCGACGCUAUAUCUGACAUUUCAGACAUCUACAAGCCUGAAGGAGCGCCCAAAUACUAUCCCAAUCCGGUCCUGCCACUCAUCACGAAUCCAAAGAACCCAGAUGCCCUUCCGCGUGCGGGGCGUCCUUUUGACCUCGAACAUGGCGACUCUUUAGAAGUCCAAGCCAAGAAGCGGAAGAUGCUUGCAGAUUACAAUGCAGGCCGACUCAACAGUCCUCCUACCAUCGAAAGCCUUACGGCAGAUAUCCAAGAAUGCAAGGUCACUGAAAAGCUCUGGGAAGGCGAGAAGAAGCAGAUGAACGAGAAAAUCAAGAGCCUUGAAUACUGGCACGAGCGCCGCCAGUACGACUACGAAGAAUUGCGCGAGAAGGCCGGCAACCGCUACGCUACGAUCCAAGAGCAAGCCGCUGAGCUUGAGAAGGCCAAGAGAGACAAUGGCAGAUCUCGAACCGAGAUCCUAGCUCUCAAAGGCGAGCGUGGCACCCUUCAGAAAGACCUCACGGCCGCCCGUCUCGAGCUCGUCAACCACCCUGACCCGACGGUCCGCGACACAGCCAUCAAAGACGCUCGGAUCCGUGAGCUUGAAGCCGAGGUCCUCGCAAAGAACAAAAAGAUGGACAACCUGACCAAAGACUGGGAGCUCACCAAACGCCUCUGGACCGACGCCUCCACCGCCGCCACCGCCGCGACCCGAGAACUCGCCGCCCUCGAAGCCAAGCAGCCCGGACUCCUCCGCCAGGCCGCCGAGAACGAGAUCAAGCGGAAGGAGUUGAGGAACGACGGCACGAUCACGGCCCUGCGGAAGGAGGUGGCCGUCCAGAAGGCCACGGUCCAGAGCCGGGACAACCUGAUCCGCCGCAAGGAGGAGCAGAUGGCGGAGCUGAAGCGCGGCCGGGGCGGCGUGCAGACGCGGGGCUCGAGCGUGCAGCCCCGUUCCCCCGCGGCGGCUCCCGCGGCGCGAGCCCCGCCGCCGGCAUGCUCGGCGGGGGGGCCAAGGCGGCGAGCGGGUUGA